CGUAGCUGGUUUAUAUACCGCAGGAGGCUGUCUUGCAACAGCGCCGACGCGUCCUGGACGCGCGGCACACUUUGAGACAGCUGUGGGACAGUACAGGCACUUGCAAUAAUGGCUCGUAAGCUCUACGCCAUCGCGCUGGCGACGUACUGCAUAGCUCUAAACCCCACGACACGACAAGGACAAAGACAGCGACGGCCGCAGUCGCCCUCGAAUCACAAACGCGUCGUGGCCAUCGGCGACGUCCACGGCGACCUCGACGCGCUGCGGACGUGUUUGAGGGUCGCCGGCGUCGUCGACACGUCUGAUGCUUGGAUUGGCGCGCCCGGGACGACGCUGGUCUCGACGGGCGACGUCUUGGAUAGGGGCGACGAGGACUGGGAGUGCCUCGCCUACCUCCACACUUUGCAAGCCGCGGCGCGCCGGAAGCGGGGCGACGUCUGCCUCGUAUUAGGGAACCACGAGGUGCUCAACGUGCUCGGCGAGAUGCGCUUCGCGUCCACAAAAUCGUGGCACGCCGCCGCGGAGGCGUGCGAGCCGCCGCGGCGGAAUGUGGAAAGAGACGACGACUGGGCGCGGCGCGCGCGGAUCCGAGCCUUCGCGCCGGGCGGCGCCGGCGCGGCGUACCUCGCGGACUUGUGUGGGGACGCGCCGGUCGGGCGGGUCUGCGGCGACACGCUCUACUGCCACGGCGGGCUCCACGUCGUCGCGCUGACCGUCGGCGCGGCGGCGCGGCGCAAGCGGCUCGCGAAGCAGAACAAGCGGGCGCCGGCCGCGGACGCGCCCGCGCGCGAGCUCCUCGCGGCUUUAAACGCGGACGCGGCCGCGUGGCUCCGGGGCGCGGGGCCGCUGCCGGCGGCGCUCGGCGCGUCGGAGAGCUCGCCCGUCUGGUCGCGCGCCUACUCGCACCCGGCGGGCGCCGAGCCCGCGCAGAGCCGCUGCGGCGAGGCGGCGAAGGCGCUCGACGCGCUUGGAUUAAGGCGCAUGGUCGUGGGCCACACGCCCCAGAUCACGGCCGGCAUCAACGCGUGCUGCGGCGGCCGCGUCUACCGCAUCGACACGGGCCUGUCGUCCUUCUACGGCGGCAUGAAGCAGUGCCUCGAGGUCGUGUCAAACGAGCGGCCGCGGGUGAUCUCGUCGACGCCGGAGUACUUUUGGUAA